AUGGCUACCGUCGCCGGAGGAGCAGCGCUGCACCUGCGCGUCCCUUCGCCAGCGUUGGAGCCGGUGCGACGACAACGAAUGGCUUCGAAUUCGAUAAGGUGCGGCCGCGUGCGCGGGGCGGCGACGGCGAGGUCAGCGGGCGGGGUGGAGGAGGACCACUACCGGACGCUGAGGCUGGCGCCGGGAGCCACCAGGGGCGAGGUCAAGAAGGCCUUCCACCGCCUCGCGCUGCAGUACCACCCGGACGUCGUGCGCCGGCGCGACGGCGACGGCGACGGCGACGACGACGGCGUGGACUUCCAGCGGAUCAACGUGGCGUACCAGACGGUGAUGGGCAACGUGCGGGAGGCGGAAGCCAGGCUCGAGGACUGGCGCGCUCGGUACGGCCUCGCCGACGAGGACCUCGAGCGGUACCGCCGCUGCCUCAACGACGAGGACGAGGACGACUUGUUCGCCGACUUCUGA